AUGGGCCACAGUGAAGAUGACCUGAUCGGGAUUCCGUUCCCCAACCACAGCAGUGAUGUCCUGUGCUGCCUUAACGAACAGCGACGCGCCGGGUUGCUCUGUGACGUGGUGCUCAUCGUACGCGACCAGGAGUAUCAGACCCACCGAUCUGUCCUCGCCGCCUGCAGCCAGUACUUCAAGAAGCUCUUCACCGUGGCCUCGGGCGGAAGGGACAAGCACGGGGUGUAUGAGAUAGAUUUCGUGGCCCCCGAGUCACUGACGGCCAUCUUGGAGUUCGCCUACACAUCUACGCUAACGGUGACGGCGUCCAACGUGAAAGAAAUUCUUGGAGCGGCUCAGAUGCUGGAGAUCCCCUGCAUCGUCACCGUCUGUCUGGAGAUUAUGGACUCUGACAAGGGAGCAGGAGGAGAGGGAGAUGAGGAAGAAGACGAAGAGGAGGAGGUAGAGGAACAGGAGGAGGAGGAGGAGGAGGAGGAAGAGUCGAGGAAGGACGAGCAGGAGGUUCAUGAGGAGGACAACGCCAGUGAGUGGUCAACGAGGUCGUCAGAGAGUCAGGACCAGGCCGAGUCGGAGAGAGGAGCACCACCCAGUACCUCUCAGUACCAGCACCAGUACGAGCUGCAGAGGAACAGGAAGUGCACAGACAAAGACUCUCAGUGUGAGAAACCCAGCCCGGAGCAUGAGCGCAUGGAGAGCCGAGCCCUCAAGGACUUUUCCAUUGAGUCUCUGCUACAGGAAGGGCUGUACCCUAAACUGCCAUCAGUCCUGGACAGGAGGGACAACUUUUCCCCUCUGCUCCCUGGCUUCUACCCUCCCAUGUGGGCUGCAGAGUUCCCAGGAUUCCCCCGACAGGUCCUGGACUCCAACCACAACCCCAGCCACCACGCCCAGACCCCGACCCUCCACCGUUCUUCCCACCCUUCUCAACUGGACAACCGACCCUUAGACCUGGCCGUGAAGAGAGAGGUCGUCAAGGAGGAGCUGAAGGAGGAAAUCCCUCCCAGCAUGCUCCACAGUGACUUCCUGAAAGACUUAAUGACCUCUGGCCUGGGGGUGGUACGGUCUGAGGGACCUCACCUCCACCCGAGUCAGAUAAAGCAGGAGGAAGACUUCCGCUCAUACCUGAGCUUCCUGAGUGCAUCGAGCCACCUGGGGGCGCUGUUCCCUCCCUGGCAGAUGGAAGAGGAGAGGAAGAUGAAGCCCAAAGCAUCCCAGCAGUGUCCUAUAUGUAACAAGGUGAUCCAGGGGGCGGGGAAACUACCCAGACACAUGAGGACUCACACAGGAGAGAAACCAUACAUGUGCACCAUCUGUGAGGUGCGCUUCACCAGGCAAGACAAGCUGAAGAUCCACAUGCGGAAGCACACAGGAGAGCGGCCCUACGUCUGCCUCCACUGCAACUCUAAGUUUGUCCACAACUACGACCUGAAGAACCACUUGCGUAUCCACACAGGGGUGCGGCCCUACCAGUGUGAGUACUGCUACAAAAGCUUCACACGCUCAGACCACCUGCACCGACACAUCAAGAGGCAGAGCUGCCGCGUCUCACGCCCUCGACGAGGCCGUAAGCCCGCCGCCUGGCGCUCAGCCAACAACUUCCUGCAGGGUCCUCCUGGCUCGGCCAAUCACCACGAGGAUGGCAAGGGCGGCUGCCGGCUCCUGCCCUCCUCCCACAGAGGCGUUAGAGGUCACGGUCUGGGCCUAGGGGAGAGAGAGAGACAGGCCCUGGGUGGUAAGGGCCUGGGCUAUAAGGACUUGGACAGUGACAGCAGAGAGAGCCGGGAGGGCAGGGAGGCCAGAGAGGGCAGGGAGGCCAAAGAGGGCCUGGAGGGCAGGGAGGCCAGAGAGGGCCGGGGGGCCAGGGAGGCUCGGCAUCACCAGUCAGACAGGAAGCAUGUGGUUGACAAGGUGGAGCUGGAGAGACAGAGGGGCGUGUUCACCUUUGCCCUGGCGGGGCCUGGUGGGGAAGUCCUUACCCACCCUCCAUUUUACACCCCGACCCCUGACCCCUGGACCAUUAGACUGGAGAACCACCCCACUCCCAUCCCUGAGCCGACCAACUGA